UCUUCCGUAUACAGCAACAGCACUCGUACUCGUUUCCGUCCCCCGACGCUCUCCUUCCCCAAAACUCACGAAGGGGGCGACGAAGAACCCGAACCCCCACCACCAUCAACUCCUCCUCCUCCUCCUCUUCCUCCUCGAGAUCGAUCGCGGUGUAACAAGCGCAGAUCCCUCCUCCUCCCCUUGGUCCUCCCAUGGCGACGCGGUACUGGAUCGUCUCUCUCCCCGUCCAAUCCUCGGCUCCCGCGCUCUGGGAUCGCCUCCGCGAAUCCAUCUCCAAGAACGCCUUCGACACCACUCUCUACCGCUUCAAUACGCCCGAUCUGCGAGUUGGAACGCUUGAUUCGCUGCUCGCUCUCAGUGAUGACCUCGUCAAGUCGAAUGCGUUUAUAGAAGGGAUCUCGCAUAAAAUUCGGCGCCAGAUCGAGGAGCUGGAGAGGUCUUCUGGCGGGGAAGGGGGCGCGCUCACGGUGGAUGGGGUUCCUGUGGAAACCUACAUCACGAGAUUUGUUUGGGACGAAGGCAAGUAUCCACCGAUGUCACCUCUGAGGGAUAUUGUAAACAGCAUUCAUACCCAAGUAGCCAAAAUUGAGGAUGAUAUGAAGGUUCGAGCAGCAGAAUAUAAUAAUGUGCGAAGUCAGCUCAAUGCAAUAAAUAGAAAGCAAACUGGAAGCUUAGCAGUUCGUGACCUUUCUGACUUGGUAAAGCCAGAAGAUAUCAUUACAACAGAACAUCUAGUGACUCUUCUUGCUGUAGUACCCAAAUAUUCUCAGAAGGACUGGUUAACAAGCUAUGAAACGUUGGCUACCUAUGUGGUACCUAGGUCAACAAAAAAGCUACAUGAAGACAAUGAAUAUGCUCUCUACACAGUAACACUCUUUGCUAGAGUUGCUGACAAUUUUAAGAUCAGUGCACGUGAAAAAGGAUUUCAGAUUCGUGACUUUGAAUAUAGCCCAGAAACACAUGACAAUCAGAAAACUGAACUGGAGAAACUAAUGCAUGAUCAGGAAAAUAUGAGGGCCUCUCUUCUUCAGUGGUGCUAUGCUAGUUAUGGCGAGGUUUUCAGUUCCUGGAUGCACUUCUGUGCCGUACGAGUCUUUGCAGAGAGUAUUCUCCGAUACGGUUUGCCUCCGUCAUUCCUGUCUGCUGUGUUAGCACCAACUACUAAAAGCGAGAAGAAAGUGCGGGCUAUCUUGGAACAGCUUUGUGGCAACGUCCAUAGCAUUUACUGGAAAUCCGAAGACGACGUAGGCAUUGCCGGUAUGGGCGGCGAAGCCGAGGCUUAUCCCUAUGUAUCCUUCACUAUCAGUCUUGUUUAAUAUCAAAUUAACUUCCCAAGCUGUUUUCUGCUUGACCAGGGCUUUUUCAAAAGUAAUUAUCAUUAAUUUUCAUCCCCCAAUAUACCAUCCGAGAGAUUCUCGAUGUAUAUUAUCCUUUGUGACAUGUUCGAUUCUUUCGUUGCUCGCGUUUUACGUAUCCCGAAUUUUGUUCUUUGGGUUGUAGCCGAUGAUCAUCAAUAAAAUGUAACAACAGUGCGAAGUAAAACAUUGUGAUUAUAUCCAUGGAGGGUGAUGCCAUGUAAGUAAUAAUCUGAACUCAUCAAUCAGAAUAUUAUUAUCUCACCCAUCAGAAGCACUUAUUGAUCUGUUUUUGCACUUCCAUAAAAAGAUCUUUUUUAUGCUGCGCUCCUCUUUGGGUUUGCAA